AUGUCAUUCUGGAGCUCAUACCGGUCCCUCUCGCCCAAGACGAGAGCUCUGUUCGGAGUUGGCGUGAUGGCCUGGGCUUCUAUUGGCCUUUGGGUCUCACCACAAGUGGAGAAUGCUAUGGGUCUGGCGCCUACGAAAGAGGAGCAGGAGGCGUUGGAUCGGAAAUUGGCUGUUCGGAUAUCGAGAGUCGAGAAAGAUGGGAAGUAG